AUGCAUCCAGGGCAAAUUGCGGAUGAGAAAAGCGCUUAUUGGAGGAGGCGGGGCCUGUGUGUGACGUCACGGAGACGGGAACUGCAGCAGCAGCGGGCCGCGAGCCGGCGCCAUCUUGGAAAGGACUGCGGCUAAUCGUUUACGCGCUCCUGCUUCACGGGGACAGAAGGACGCCGUGGCCGAAAGGGCGACACCCGCAGCCAUGGCCAACCGAAACUUUAAGCCGAUGAACAUGAACAACAAUGCACCGUCUCCCCGACCGCCGAGCGCCAAGCCGAAGCCUGAGGCGGCCGGGCCCGAGCAGGAGUCGAGCGCCGAGGCGGGAGCGCCGGCGGCGGGUCCGGAGACGAGCGCCGAGCCGGGGCUCGGGGGGGAGCCCAUGGAGAUGACCCUGGACCUGAAGAGCUUCCGCAGGCCCGGCGAGAAGACGUUCACCCAGCGCUGCCGCCUUUUCGUGGGCAACCUGCCCACGGACCUGACGGAGGAGGACUUCAAGAAGAUGUUCGCCAAGUACGGCGAUGCCAACGAGGUGUUCAUCAACCGGGAGCGCGGCUUCGGCUUCAUCCGCCUGGAAACAAGGACAUUGGCAGAAAUAGCAAAGGCUGAGCUAGACGGGACAGUGCUGAGGAACCGGCCCAUUCGUGUCCGCUUUGCCACACAUGGCUCCGCGCUGACUGUGCGCAACCUCCACCCAGUGGUGUCCAACGAACUGCUAGAGCAGGCCUUCUCCCAGUUCGGCCCUGUAGAGAGAGCUGUGGUGGUGGUGGAUGACCGUGGCAGGCCCACCGGUAAGGGCUUUGUGGAAUUCGCUUCCAAGCCAGCUGCCCGUAAAGCCCUGGAACGAUGCACAGAGGGAGCCCUCCUGCUAACCACAUCACCCCGCCCUGUUAUUGUUGAACCAAUGGAGCAGUUUGAAGAUGAAGAUGGACUUCCUGAAAAACUUUUGCAAAAAACUGCACAGUACCACAAGGAGAGAGAGCAGCCGCCACGAUUUGCAGAGCCUGGUACAUUUGAGUUUGAGUACUCCUCUCGCUGGAAGGCCCUGGAUGAGAUGGAGAAACAGCAACGUGAGCAGGUGGACCGCAAUAUCCGUGAGGCAAAAGAGAAGCUGGAGGCAGAGAUGGAGGCGGCACGGCAUGAGCACCAGCUGAUGAUGAUGAGACAAGAUUUGAUGCGGCGCCAGGAAGAGCUGAGACGGUUGGAAGAGCUGAGGAACCAGGAGUUGCAGAAACGGAAGCAGAUAGAGAUGAGACAUGAAGAGGAGAGGCGGCGUCGUGAGGAGGAGAUGAUGCGUCAUCGUGGGCAGGAAGAGUUGAGACGCCAGCCUGAUGGGUUUAAGCCCAAUUACAUGGAGAGCAGAGAACAGGAUAUGAGAAUGGGUGAUAUGGGGCCACGUGGAGCGAUAAAUAUGGGAGAUGCAUAUAACCCAGCCGUCACUGGUGGUAACCAAGGGCCUCAAAUGAUGGGCAUGAGCGUGAUGGGCCGUGGUGGAGCCCUGGGUCCAGAUGGAGCGGCCAGCAUGGGGACGCCGAUGAUGCCCGAUAAUGGAACCAUGCGCAACGAUAGAUUUCCCCCUGCCAAUGUACCGCCUCCAAUGGGCACACCCAUAGGCGGCCGCCCAGGAGCAGAAGGCCAACAGCCACUGCCACCACCCCCGCAGCAGCAGCAGCCACCCAUGAUGGGCGUGGGUCCAGUAGGGGGCGCUGGUGGGCCCCCAGGUUUUGGGAGGGGGAAUCAAGGUGGGCCGGGUUUUGAUGGACCCAACAACAAGCGCCGUCGAUACUGAAGUUGAAAUUAGUUGUCCUGGCUUCCUACCAGCUCAGACAUCAGGGCACACUCCCCUGUUUUAUUUUCACCCCCUCAUUCUUGUUUUGGACAAAUACUUUCAGCCUUGUUGUGGGACUAAAUUUCACCUAAAAAAAAAAAAAAAAGUUUGGUACAGCCAGAGCCAAGAAUUGUAGUGAAGUGCAGUAACAGUGGCCAAUGGCUUUAUUUGCAAUCAAGAGAAAGUUAUUAUUCAGUCAGCAUUGCAGUGUUAAAUAUAAAGCCAUACAGUUUUUUUAAACUUACAAUCACAUUAGUAGUUUGUGUAACAACAUUUUUAGACAAUGUAUACAUUUUCUUGAAGGCAGAAUAUUUAAAAAUUCCUUUAGAUAUUUCUUGGUGCCUUG